GUUCUGUCAGAAAUGUGCUGUAAAUGAGAACGGAAUAUUUACUUGUUCUGCUUAGUCACUGCUCAACGUAGGCGGUGCUCAGAGGAGGAAGUACACUGCAUGUGAUUUGAGUGCUGCAUUUUCAGAAACGGCAAAGGAGCACAUACCUUAAUUGUUAAUAUGGCUGGCACCAAAGAACAGCGGAUUUUGCAGUUUGUUCUACAGAAUGCAGUCCGUGGUGACCCCCAGAGCGUGGUUGAUAAUAUUGACAAAUAUUGCAGGGAGAAGGAAUGGGCCAUGAAUGUGGGGGACGAGAAAGGACUAAUUCUGGAUAAUGCAGUUAAGGAAACUGACCCAUCUGUGCUUCUGGAGCUGGGCACAUACUGUGGAUACUCUUCAAUUCGGAUAUCUCGGCUGCUUAAACCUGGAGCUCGUUUAUUCACUAUAGAGAUGAACCCGGCUUAUGCUGCUGUAGCCAAGCAGAUGAUUGAAUUUGCUGGAGUGCAGGACAAGGUGCAGAUGCUGCAGGGCUCCUCUAAGAAUAUUAUACCCAACUUGAAAACUAAUUAUGAUGUGGACCAUCUUGACUUUGUGUUCAUUGAUCAUUUUGGGAAUAGAUACAAACCUGAUACUAUACUUCUGGAGACGUGUGGUUUGUUGAGAAAAGGCUCGGUGUUGGUAGCUGACAAUGUCUUGUUUCCGGGCUCCCCUGACUUCCUUGAACACGUCAGGACAAGUGGGCGCUAUGACUGCACUAACUAUCCAUCUCAUCUGGAGUACUCAGACAAGGAAGAUGCACUGGAGAUGGCUGUAUUCAGGGGAUAGACUUUUAAGUUAAAGGGACAUUCAAGUCAAAAUAAACUUUUAGGAUUCAAAAAGAUCAUGCAGUUUUAAAACAACUUACAAAUUACUUUCAUUAUCAAUUUUGCACAGUCUUUUUAUAUUCACACUUUCAGAGGGGGGAAAUAUCCUACUGAGCAUGUGCACAUGAUCACAGAGUAUAUUUAUACUAGUCUGUGAUUGGCUGAUAUCUGUCACAUGAUACAGUGGGACAGAAAAUAGGAGAAAAGAAAAUGGACAGAUUCUUUUUUUUACUGCUUUUGUGAAAUUCAUAGUAGGUGUUAUUGCAUUGUCUUUUUAUAAUACACGUGUUAAUUAUGCAAUUCUACUGCAUUGAGUUGUCCUUUAAUGGCUUUGUAAGGAGCCAAAUUCUCCCAAAAAAAUAGCAAAUGUAACUAGAAGGGCUUGUUUUGUAAUCAAAUAUUUGUCCUUAAAAUGACAAGAAUAAAAAAAACUUUUUAAAAUGA